AUGGCGAAGCGAUUACAAAAGAGGGACAUCGAUGAUUUAUUGGCUGUAUUGAGAGAUAGUGAUGUGUUUGGAGAUUGGUUGGAUCAUGACAAUGACGAUGAGGAAGGUUUUUUUAAUAACGCCAGAGAAAUCAUGGGGGAUUUGCAGGGAGAAGACAUUGCCAACGACGAUGAAACUUGUGAUGAACCUACUCCUGAAGUUGGACAAGUUUCAGAAGACAGCGAUCAGCCUCACAUUGAUGAUGAACAGGAUAUUCAGUUUGACAAAAGAAAACUAAUUUGGAAAAUAGGUGACUUAUCAUACCAUAAAACUGCAAUAGCUCACGAACCCAACCCCACAGAUGAAAACAUUUUAGACCUGGACAUCCCUAAAUAA